AUACGAAACAUAACAUAUCAUACUAAUUGGAGUUUUACUAUCUUACGUCUACCCCAGGUUGAGUGAGUCCAGGUUGAGUGAGGAAUUAGGGGUGGUGGGGGGACAUAGGUAAGUCCUUUCCCAUUCUCAGUUAAAUUAAUUUGUGUUACAGUGGCACACGCAACAGGACAGGACCUCUAUAAAUAAUCUAAGACUGAAGGAGUAGUGAAGUAGGAGAGAAGUGCCAGCAGAGGAGCAAGAGGGAGAGAGAGAGAGAAAGAGAGGGGGGAUGCUUGGUUACCUUCCAAACAAAGCAUCUGAUUUGCACAGCAAACGAAGAGGAGGGGAAACCAACAGAGGAGGAAUGAAAGGAAAGAGAUGAAGGGAGUGAUUGCACGGUGCCACACACUUGAGUCUACCUUGAAGACAGUGUAGCGUUGGAUCACGGCAUGACAGCUCAACAGUAGUCUCCCCUCCACAGCACUUCUACUGAGCUCCACCACUGUCCAGAGAGAAAGACAACAUCUAAGUAAGAAACAGUGAGGGAGUCAGCUCAACUGAUUGUGAAGGAGGGAGAGACAGAACUAAAGAAGAAGAUAGAAGAUGCACAUCAAUCGACAUUUAGAAAGAAGAAGCGGAUAGAGAGCUAAAGCACGCUGCCUGUGGAUGAGCCAGGAGCCCGGGGAUGCAGAGGGUUUGCAGGAGGAACGUAGCAGCAGCAGCAGCCUAGCCAGGCGGACAGACAACAUACACACAUCCCAGAGAGGAACUGUUGGCUCUGCCCCCUAGUGGAGGAUGAAGAAGCAUUCAGCCAGAGUGGCUCCUCUCAGCUCCUACAGCUCCCAGGUCCUCACCUGCUCCAUCUCCGAAGGAGAGGAGGGUUCUGAGUCUCAUGCGGACACACCAGGCAGUGAGGCCAGUGAAGAGGGGAAAUCGUACCAGACGUGUGCUAACACAGUGCUGAAGGUGCUGGGGGGCCUCCUAUUGGUCCUAUGUGUCUCCUCCUCUUGGGUGGGCACCACUCAGCUGGUCCAGCUCACCUUCAAGUCCUUCUCCUGCCCCUUCUUCAUCUCCUGGUUCAGCACCAACUGGACCAUCCUCCUCUUCCCUCUCUACUACGGAGGCCACGUGGUCACCACCAGGGACAAGCAGACGCCUAUACAGAAAUUCAGAGAGUGCAGCAGGCUUUUUGGGGAGGAUGGGAUGACCCUCAAGCUGUUCCUGAAGAGGACAGCUCCCUUCUCCAUCCUGUGGACCCUGACUAACUACCUGUACCUGCUGGCCCUGAGGAAGCUGACCGCCACUGAUGUCUCAGCCCUCUACUGCUGCCACAAGGCCUUCGUCUUCCUGCUGUCAUGGAUCGUCCUGAAGGACCGCUUCAUGGGUGUACGGAUUGUGGCGGCCAUAAUGGCCAUCACAGGCAUCGUCAUGAUGGCUUACGCAGAUGGUUUCCAUGGGGACUCCAUCAUAGGCGUGGCCUUGGCUGUAGGCUCCGCGUCCACAUCGGCUCUCUACAAGGUGCUGUUUAAGAUGUUCCUGGGCAGUGCCAACCUGGGUGAGGUGGCUCACUUCCUCUCUACCAUGGGUGUCUUCAAUCUCAUCUUCAUCUCCUUCAUCCCCCUCAUCCUCUACUUCACCAAAGUGGAGCAUUGGGGCUCUCUGUCCUCGCUGCCCUGGGGAUACCUAUGUGGCCUGGCUGGGCUCUGGCUGGUGUUCAAUAUCCUGGUUAAUGUUGGCGUGGUGCUUACCUACCCCAUCCUCAUCUCUAUAGGGACAUUGCUCAGUGUGCCCGGCAAUGCAGUGGUAGAUGUGUUGAAACAUGAGGUGAUCUUCAGUGUGGUGCGUCUGGCUGCCACCUGCAUCAUCUGCCUUGGCUUCCUGCUGCUGCUGCUUCCUGAGGAGUGGGACUCCGUCACGCUGCGCUUCCUCGCUGCAUUCAAGAAGUCUGAGGAGCAUGGAGAGGAGCUGACUGAUUCCAGCAUCCACACACGCAGCCGCAGCCAAGCCAAUGGCGCCGUCUCAAUCCCUAUGGCAUGACUCCCGACCCUGUCAGCUCCCAUGAUCCUCCAAAGGCCCAUCGAAUCACCAACCCCUAUCCUUGCACGGUUCUCUACAUGUCCCAUCUGGGAAGCAUGGCAGGAUGACUCCUGUGCUGACUACAGACCAGGAAGUCCAAAAUCAGGAGAACAGGAAGUGUUUCUAUGGCUGAGAGAAACUGUUGUGGAGUUGAAUCUUCUCUGUCACUUUCUCCAGGAACUAAUGGGGAGUUAAAAGAGAACCUUGCUGCUAAUUUUACUGAGCGUAAAGUUGGAAAGUCUUGAACUCCUUGCCACACCCAGUCUUGCCCCUAGACCACAUAAGCCCAACCUUGAACCUGCUCCACGGACUGUAUUCUGUGAAUAUAAAUAUUGACAGGGCCAGUUUGGCUCAAUCUUAUGUGCAUUUAUUCAAUUUACUCAGAGGUGUAUCAAUAGAGUAUUUACAUUUGACUUCUUAUAUAGUAUUAUAUACAGGAAUGGGUUGGGAAACAUAUGCUGAACAUACAGGCUUUUUCUUUUUUAAUAAAAGUCAAAUAAAGACCAAUAGCUUCUUGAUCAGAUCGUCUCAUAAACACAACCUUUAAAAACAUGCUAUGUUCAAGACAGGAAAAUUAUUGAAAUGGCUGUAAAUGGAUAUUUCAGUUAUCAAUAGCCACUGAAGUGGAUCAGGUCCACAUUCGACAAAGCAGAGCUUCUG